GGAGCGGCGCCGCCAACGCCGCACGCGCAAACUUGGGCUCGCGCUUCCCGGCCCGGCGCGGAGCCCGGGGUGCCCGGAGCCCCGCCAUGUCGCGUUCUAACCGGCAGAAGGAGUACAAAUGCGGGGACCUGGUGUUCGCCAAGAUGAAGGGCUACCCACACUGGCCGGCCCGGAUUGAUGAGAUGCCUGAAGCUGCAGUGAAAUCAACAGCCAACAAAUACCAAGUCUUUUUUUUCGGGACCCAUGAGACGGCAUUCCUGGGCCCCAAAGACCUCUUCCCUUAUGAAGAGUCCAAGGAGAAGUUUGGCAAGCCCAACAAGAGGAAAGGGUUCAGCGAAGGGCUGUGGGAGAUCGAGAACAACCCCACCGUCAAGGCAUCUGGCUACCAGUCCUCCCAGAAGAAGAAACGUGUGGAAGAGCCUAAGCCAGAGCCCCAGGCCGCAGAGGGUGAUGGUGACAAGAAGGGGAAUGCUGAGGGCAGCAGUGAUGAGGAGGGGAAGCUGGUCAUUGACGAGCCAACCAAGGAGAAGAAUGAGAAGGGGGCACUGAAGAGGAGAGCAGGGGACGUGCUAGAGGACUCCCCAAAACGUCCCAAGGAGGCUGAGGACCCGGAAGAGGAAGAGAAGGAGGAGGCCACCUUGGAGGGUGAGAGGCCUGUCCUGGUAGAGGUGGAGAAGAAUAGCACCCCCUCUGAGCCUGGCUCUGGCCGGGGGCCUCCUCAGGAGGAGGAGGAGGAGGAAGAGGAGGAAGAAGAGGCUGCCAAGGAAGAUGCUGAGGCCCCAGGCAUCAGAGAUCAUGAGAGCCUGUAGCCACCAAUGUUUCAAGAGGAGCCCCCGCCCCGUUCCUGCUGCUGUCUGGGUGCUACUGGGGAAACUGGCCAUGGCCUGCAAACUGGGAAACCCCUUCCCUGCCCCAACCCAUUCGCUCCUUCCACUUACUCCCCGCUCUAAGCCUGGCCCCUGGAGAUUGACUUGGAUGGGGCAGGCCACCUGGCCCUUACCUCCAUGUCCCCACAUCCCUGUGAUCUAACCCUCUGCUCCCUGGGGUGAGAUGAGGCCAUAUUCUUUCCCUGCCUAGAGCUGUUUCCCAGGACUUGGGGCCUGGACCAGCUUUUCCCACCCCUUGACACCCCUCUCCCCCAGGCAUUCUGAAACUCUGGGUUGGGAUCAGGGGUAGGAGUGGAAGGACUGGAGGAUAAACAGCAGGGUGGACUUCUCAGGGGCCUAGGUGGGACAAUCCUCAAAUUAUGAUAGAGGUGGAGGGCAGGACAGUGGCAUCUUCCUGAGCUCCUAUCUCCUCCCACACUUAUUAUCCCAGCUGCCUAGAUUCAGGGAAAGUGGGACAGCUUAUGGGGAAUGGGCUCCCUUCCAAUGGGCAAUGCCCACUCUUUCUUUUGCUGACCCAGGGAGUUCUGGGAGUUGUAGUUCAUCAUCAAAAGAUUUGGGGGCUUCUUAAGUUGUUUGGGCCAAGAACCUGAGAUCUCAGAGUGUUGACUUUACCCAGCUUGGGUAGGAGUGAAGAGCACCUGUCCCCCUUUAAUCUCUGGGGCCAGAGAUGAGAUACCCUGGGGAGAACCUAGAUGCCCUCUUUCCGCUCCCCACAGCACUCAAGGCCAGCCUACAGUCAUAUAAAUUACCCAGACAUAAAGGAAAAGACACAUUUUUUAGGAAAUGUUUUUAAUAAAAGAAAAUUACAAAAAAAAAAAAAUUUUUUUUGAAGACUCCCUACCCCUUCAUGUGCCCCCACCCUGCUCCUUUUUCCCCCACUGUUGCCCCCAUUUCUAAGGUGCACUGGGAGGCUCCGCAUCUCUUUGGGGCUUGGUAACUUUCUUUUUCUAGCUGGGGCUUUGGUGUUCCUUCUGGUGUCAUUUCCCAUCCACAUAACCCCACCUGGUCCCCUCAGUGUUGUCAACAGAUCAAUUUGUAACCUACUCUGAGAGGACAGAGGGAAAUAAGUGCCCUCUCCCAACUUCUUCCUAGUGGUCUCUCUAUGCCUCUCUUCCAUCUUGUCUUUCACCCUUGCACCCCUCCCUUGGGCUCUGAUGAAAAAUUGCUGACUGUAGCUUUGGAAAAGUUUAGCUCUGAGUACUAGAGACAAUUUCAGUUCUAGGAAAAUAAAACCUGUUGAUUACUA